CUCAGGAUACUUCUAUUCAUGAUGCAGCUAUGCUGAUAUUCCACAGCUCCGGUCCGGAUUCACAGCGCUCCGCUUGUGAAGUUAUGCUCUCAGGAUGCAUCGCAGUUCGCGAUGCAUGGAAGAACGAAAAUAUCAACGUCAACGUUUGAGGAUGUCGAUGUGCGUUACGGCAUUUCCCACAUGCAUAGCAAGUCUUGCUUGUCGUUUGCAAAACAAUUCUAAUGUGCGGCGCCGCGUGGUCAAUGACAUUCCUAGGAAGCCUUCUCGUGUUGUAGCCGCUUCAUGUGAGAAAGUGACUGUAUCUACGAUUGCAUCAUACUAAAACGAGUCCAUCAUGGUGAGCAGUCACGAUUGGCAUGUGCUCUGAUAUGCUUCUCAGGCUUUAUGAGAAUACGCUCCAUCAAGCUCCGACCUGCUUCUCAAACGCUUUA